UGAUUGCAGAUGCAUCACAACCUUCUCAAUUUGAAAAAAAAGCAAGUUCAAAAUGGGCAAUGUGUCCAAAACUCAUCGGAAUUUGGCUCUACUUUGCAUUUCAAUGGCGUUGGCGGCAACAAUUGCAGCUGGAAACUUCAACAGAGACGUCGACAUCACCUGGGGCGACGGCCGCGCCAAAAUCGUCGACGGCGGCCGUGGCCUGAGCCUCUCACUCGACCAGUAUUCCGGCUCCGGUUUCCAGUCGAAGAAUUACUACUUGUUCGGGAGAUUCGACGUGCUCAUGAAGCUCGCUCCGGGAAACUCAGCCGGCACCGUCACCACAUUCUUCUUGGCUUCUGAAGGUCCGAGCCACGACGAGAUCGAUUUCGAGUUUUUGGGGAAUUCCAGCGGCGAGCCCUACACGGUUCACACGAACGUUUAUUCGCAGGGGAAAGGCGACAAGGAGCAGCAGUUCCGCCUCUGGUUCGAUCCCUCCGCCGCCUUCCACAAAUACUCCAUCGUCUGGAACCCUCACCGCAUCAUAUUCAUGGUGGACGACAUUCCGAUGCGAGUGUUCAACAACGAGGCGGCGUCGGGCGUGCCGUUCCCGACGAGCAAGCCGAUGCGGAUCAUCUGCAGCUUGUGGAACGCCGACGACUGGGCGACGCAGGGCGGGCGGGUGAAGACGGAUUGGAGCAAAGCUCCGUUCACGGCUCACUACAGGAACAUCGGAAUCAGCGGCAGGCCCUGCGGCAGCGCGGCGGCGUGUGGAUCGGGCGUCGACACCUUCAGCAACGAGGCGUGGCAGACUCAAGGGCUCGACGCCAGUGGCAGAAACAGAGUGAGAUGGGUGCAGCAGAAGCAUAUGAUCUACAAUUACUGCACUGAUCGCCCCAGGUUUCCGCAGGGAAUUCCGGUUGAAUGCAGGCGAUCCAGAUUCUGAUCCAUUUCCUGAAUCGAUUCUUCGUCGUCUAUUCUUUCAUUUCUUUCUAUUAUGUUAAAUUCAUACAUUUAUUUAUAAAAUAAAGGGUAAAUUUGGUCUAAA